CCUUCUUACUCCUCCUCCUCACACCUCAUAAACCGGCUCGUCUCACACUCCUCUUCCCUUCACCCUCCCCAUCUUUUCUUCCGUUCCCACUUUUGUUGUUCUGUGGUCUGUAAAUGGGAAGGGGGAAGUCUCGCGAUACUUGGACUUUAUGAGAGAGUUUGUGGAAGAUGGCGCCUGUUGUGACAGGGAAAUUUGGGGAGCUUCCUCAGCCAAAGCGUCUCACCAGAGAGGCAAUGCGUAACUACUUGAAAGAGAGAGGAGAUCAGACGGUGCUCAUACUGCAUGCAAAAGUCGCACAGAAGUCAUACGGCAAUGAAAAGAGGUUCUUCUGCCCGCCGCCAUGCGUGUACCUGAUGGGCUGUGGCUGGAAGAAGAAGAAGGAGCAGAUGGAGCGGGAGGGCUGCUCAGAGCAGGAAGCUCAGCCCUGCGCCUUCAUCGGCAUCGGAAACAGCGAACAAGAGAUGCAGCAGCUCAACCUGGAAGGGAAGAACUUCUGCACGGCGAAAACGUUGUACAUAUCAGACUCGGAUAAGAGGAAGCACUUCAUGCUGUCAGUGAAGAUGUUCUACGGGAACAGCGCAGAGAUCGGAGUCUUCCUCAGCAAGCGCAUCAAGGUCAUCUCCAAACCCUCCAAAAAGAAGCAGUCCCUGAAGAAUGCCGACCUGUGUAUAGCGUCGGGGACUAAAGUGGCCCUCUUUAAUCGGUUGCGCUCUCAGACGGUCAGUACACGGUAUCUCCACGUGGAGGGAGGAAACUUCCAUGCCAGCUCGCAGCAGUGGGGAGCUUUCUACAUACACCUGCUGGAUGAUGAUGAAUCGGAGGGGGAGGAGUUCACAGUGAGAGACGGCUACAUUCACUACGGUCAGACCGUCAAGCUGGUGUGUUCAGUCACGGGCAUGGCUCUACCGCGACUGGUAAUCCGUAAGGUGGAUAAGCAGACGGCCCUGAUGGACGCAGAUGAUCCUGUAUCUCAGCUUCAUAAGUGUGCGUUUUAUCUGAAGGAUACAGAGCGCAUGUACCUGUGUCUGUCUCAGGAGCGCAUCAUUCAGUUUCAGGCCACUCCCUGCCCCAAAGAGACGAACAAAGAGAUGAUCAAUGACGGAGCAUCGUGGACCAUCAUCAGCACAGAUAAAGCGGAAUAUACUUUCUAUGAGGGAAUGGGCCCCGUCACACUACCUGUCACACCUGUGCCUGUUGUGGAGAGCCUACAGCUGAACGGAGGGGGUGAUGUGGCCAUGCUGGAGCUGACCGGGCAGAACUUCACUCCCAACCUCAGAGUAUGGUUUGGAGACGUGGAGGCGGACACCAUGUACAGGUGCGGAGAGAGCGUUCUGUGCGUGGUUCCAGAUAUCUCGGCGUUCCGCGAGGGCUGGCGCUGGGUCCGGCAGCCGGUGCAGGUUCCGGUCACUCUGGUGCGAAACGAUGGCAUUAUUUACUCCACCGCGCUCACCUUCACUUACACGCCUGAGCCGGGGCCCCGCCCACACUGCAGCGCCGCGGGGGCCAUCCUGAGGGGCAGCAGCACCUCCUCCAUCUCUCCAUCAUCCUCCUCAUCCUCCUCCUCAUCUUCAUCGUCAUCUUCAUCAGCGUCCAGCCUCCUCCUACAGUCCAGAGUGGACGGCCCGGCCGGUUACCAGGCGGCCGGGGGCGUGUCUUCGUCGUCCUCUUCCUCCUCGGCCAUGUCCGUGUCCUAACCUGUGCGAGUGAAAAACGCCACGUUUUGGAUUCUCCGAUUAAAAACUUGUAGGAAAAGGACAACCGUGAGAAAGAGGAGGAAAAAAACGAAACGGAAAAAAAAAAACUCAAGACCAGAAUCGGCUCUUAAAUCUCUUCUUCGUCUUCGAAACCAGCAGAGCUCCUUCUGUGAAUCCUCAGCAGUGCAGCGGCCAAAACCUGACGGAUACAAAAUUACCCGCUGCCUUUUUCCUCUGUAAGUACGGCUGCGGCUCCGUUUUCUAAAAGGGCUCGAUGCUCUGGUGCGCCAGGCAUGGAAGAGAAGCUAUCAUAGUAAUAUAGUUUUCAAGGACCAAGGAAUAUUAUUAUUAUUAUUAUUAUUAUUUUUAUUGAUAUAUAAUUUUAUAAGCUUUAGCUAAGGUACAUUUUUCACCUUUUUUUUGGUUUUAUAACAUAUAGUAAACUUUUGUUACCAAAUAGUUUUGUAUAUUUCUUGUGAGCGUAUUUUGUGCUCAGAAAUAAAAGGU